CCAUGAAAGCGAACAUUAGAGAGUAUAUUUAAUGUCUUUGUUGGUCAUAUUUAAUGUCUUUGUUGGUCUUAUUUCCCAAUUAAGACCAUUACACCGUUGUCCAUGUAGAAAUGCAGAUGUAGAAAUAUAUUCGAACAAUACAUACCAUUUUAGAGGGAGUUCAACCAAGUGAGUGGAAAUAUAUUGUAGUUUUAGCACAUAUACUGUGUGAGGAUCACAGGCGUAAAAGGGAUUCGCCUGGGUUCUACUGUCUCUUUAAGACGGCGUUACUGUGUAUCUGAUUAAUUCAAUGUACCGCGAUGCGUUAGAGGGGAGAAACCUAUUUUCUGCCGUUGCGUUUGAUAUAGCCUACCAGUCAAGGGUUGGACAAGAGGCAAAAUACACUGUGGGGGAUUUACAUCUAAAUGAACACCAGCUCUAUCGCGAUUCAAGCAACGAUUUAUACAUAACUAUUUAUAUAAUGUCUUCUAAUUAGCUGCAUGCAGUAGUACGAUAUUGCGUUUCGAUUGAGAGGUGCAGACAGAAGACUGAAGUCUAUUAUAGAGGGGUGUUUUUAGAGCCAUUGUCAUCGUCUCUAAACGACAUGUCGUCGGAGAAGCACGGUCUGGAUGAGUCAGGGAGGCAGCCAAUGUCCCAACAAAUGAACCAACAAAUGAACCAACAAAUGAACCAACAAAUGAACCAACAAAUGAACCAGCAGAUGAACCAGCAGAUGAACCAGCAGAUGAACCAGAUGCUUCCCCCUCCCUACAUCCCCUCCCAGGACCCUAACAUGCCCCCACAGGCACCCCCGAACCAAGGCUGUGGCCCCCAGCCCAACUACCCUCCUCCUCCGCCUCCUCCUGGCUCAGACGGGUACCAUCAGGAGACUCAGUUCCACUGCGGGACUCUGGGUCAUUCUCGGUCUUCUAACGGCUACACCGUGCAAACCCACGGCCCGGGGGGAACCGUCCAACACCCCCCUGUUGGGUACAUGCACACAGGAUACCCGCUUCAGCUUCAGCCAUGCACAGCUUAUGUACCCGUCUAUCCCAUUGGGACAUCGGGUCAGCCCUACAUGCCUAAUGGAGGCCCCCACCCUGGCGUGGCCCCUGGGCAGAUGGCGAUGCAGAUGCCCCCUGGCAUUGCCUUGAUGGAGACACGGCGCGCCCCACAUGACUACCUACCCAUUGCUGUCCUCACCACCGUCUGUUGCUUCUGGCCUACAGGAAUCAUAGCCAUCAUCAAAGCCAUGCAGGUGCGCACAGCGGUUGCUAGGGGAGAUAUGGUUACUGCGGAGAUUGCCUCCCGAGAGGCACGGAACUUCUCCUUCAUCAGUCUGGCGGUGGGCAUCGCCUCCAUUGUGCUCUGUACCAUCCUAACAGUGGUGGUCAUCAUUGCUUCCCAGCAUCACGAGGACGACUGGGAGCCAUAGGAGGGGGAGAGUAGGGUGGAGGGUGAGGUGGAGGUGGAGGUGGUGU